AUGUCAUGCGUGCUACUCCGGGAAGCCUAUGAUUUCAUUAUUUACAGCUCUAUCGAACUAGAAUACCGUGGCCACGAUCCUCAGGUACUGAAGUCAUACACAAAGUUUCUAGAGAGUGUUUGCACUCAUUUAAACCUGACUCGAGGUCGCUUUGAAGUGUUGCCGUACGUGCGAUGGAUUCAACCUGCACUACGAUCUAAAUUCGUUCAUAAAAAGUACAAAUUGCAUUAUGAGACCCGCACCCACAUCACCAAAUUUGAAGUAAGUUACUUCUUAACAUUUUCAAGACCUUUUAAUGCUGGCUUUGGAUACAUUGUUUGGCGCGAAUGA